AUGGGCUCAACUGGAAGACUGCGCUGGGAUGUGGGUGAGCAUCCUCGGUAUACACCCGGCAAUGUCCAUGUAUCACGUCGUCCCCUCCCCAGUGCUUAUUCACGCAGUAGGCUUAUCCCACUCGAGACCAUCCCCAGUCGUUCAAACACCAGCCAGCACUCCAGCAACAGCCGACGUUCCAACAACAGCCAGACCUCCAACACCAAUCAAGCCUCUAGCAACACUCAGCAUUCGCAGACUGCGGCAGCCAGUGAUGGAGACCACACGGAUAUCGGAGCUCAUCUCGAGAUGGCGGAGACUGGACCGGACGAUCGUCCAGCUCAUUCGGCUUUCGGCAAGUACCAGAAGAUCUUCAUCGUCGUGAUGGUCACUCUGGCUUCAUUUUUCUCUCCUCUGUCUGGUCAAAUCUACUACCCGGUCAUGCCAACCCUCGUCAAGAACUAUCGCCUCACCACUGCCCUGGUCAAUCUGACUAUCACCACCUACAUGAUCCUCCAAGGCCUUGCACCAAGCUUCAUGGGUACCUUUGCAGACAAUGGUGGUCGUCGUCCCGCAUACAUUGUCGCCUUCGCCGUCUACACCGCUGCCAACAUCGGCCUCGCGCUACAGAACAGCUUCGCGGCGCUACUGGUGCUCCGCUGUCUCCAGAGCGCCGGCAGUAGCGGUACAGUCGCCUUCGGAUACGGUGUUAUCGCCGAUAUUGCGACUCCUGCCGAGCGUGGCAAGUACAUCGGACCCAUGUCUGCAGGUGUGAUGGUUGCGCCAGCUCUCGGUCCUGUCAUCGGUGGCCUGCUAUCGAAAUUCCUCGGUUGGCGCAGCGUCUUCUGGUUCCUCGUCAUCGUCAGCGGCGGGUAUCUGAUUGUGUACAUGAUUGCUAUGCCGGAGACAGCGCGUGCAAUUGUCGGAGAUGGCAGCUUGCCACCAAAGGAGUUCUGGCGCAUGUCGUUGGUCCAGUAUCUUUCUUCUCGGCGCUGUGGACGGACGGCAGCAAAUGAGACAAAUGAAGAGGAUUCAGAGCAGCAGCCGCGCUCCUCGAAGCUCAAAUUCCCGAAUCCACUUGCCUCGUUUGCUAUCUUGCUUGAGAAAGAUGCGUUGAUCAUUAUUUCUUACGUUGGACUAGUCAUGUUUGGUAAUAUCGCCUUGCUCACCAGCACGCCUAACCUAUUCCCUCGACUAUACGGGUUCAACGAGCUUCAAGUUGGCCUGUGUUUCCUUCCCCUCGGCGUCAGUGCAUGCAUCAGCGCUGUUCUAAAUGGCAAGCUAGUCGACUACAACUACAAGCGCAUUGCCAAUAAGCUCAAUUUCCCCGUUGACCACAAAAAGAGCGACGAUCUACGCAACUACCCCAUCGAAAAAGCUCGCCUCCAAUGCGUCUUCCCUCUCAUGGCAGUCGGCUGUGCAGCUUUCAUUCCAUACGGAUGGGCCCUACAACAACACACAAGCCUAGCAGUCCCGCUCGUCCUCCAAUUCAUCAUCGGAUUCUGCUUCAUCGCCUCGCUGAAUACUCUAAACACCCUCCUGGUCGACCUCUUCCCGAACCGUGCUGCCACCGCCGCUGCGGCGUGCAAUCUCGUGCGUUGCUGGUUGGGAGCUGUCGGGGCGGCGGUGAUUGAUCAGAUGUUUUCGGGCAUGGGAUGGGGAUGGACGUUCUUCUUCCUGGGCUUGUGUAUGGCUGUUGCUAUGGGCUUACUCUGGGUCGAGUUUGUGUACGGCAUGCGUUGGAGACAGACUCGGCUGGAUGGGAUUGAGCGAAAGAAGGCUCAACGAGCUGAACACGCCGCAGAUGAGGAGGCCCAGGUCGGUGUGAAGAGUGACGGAGGUGAGAACAAGGAUGUCGACAUCAAUGGAAGUACCAAGUGA